GAAUUGACAAAGACCAGAGAAGAAAAUAUCCGAAGUCGCUAGACCCAUCCUUCUCCCUCCUAAUUCUUAUAUAUAGUGGGCAUCUUCAAUUUUCCACACCCCUCAGUGAAAUCUCAGAAAUCGUCAAUUACUACUUUGCCAAAACAAUUCUAGCUUUCAUUCACUCUCACAAAACCUUCUUCCUAGUUCAGAAAUUAGAUAGAUUCUGCUCUGCUUAUAAUUGAAAAUGUCGCUGAUUCCAAGCUUUUUCGGUGGCCGACGAAGCAAUGUGUUCGACCCUUUCUCAUUGGACAUCUGGGAUCCUUUCGAAGGCUUUCCCUUCUCCAACAACAACGCCCUUGCCAAUGUCUCAAACACUGCUCAAGAUACUUCCGCAUUCGCCAGUGCCAAAAUUGACUGGAAAGAGACUCCGGAAGCCCAUGUAUUCAAGGCCGAUCUUCCAGGGCUAAAGAAGGAGGAAGUGAAGGUGGAGGUUGAAGAAGGCAGAGUGCUUCAGAUUAGCGGGGAGAGGAGCCGGGAGCAGGAAGAGAAGAAUGACAAGUGGCACCGGGUGGAGAGGAGCAGCGGCAAGUUCCUGCGGCGGUUCCGGCUGCCGGAGAAUGCCAAGGUGGAUCAGGUGAAGGCCAGCAUGGAGAACGGCGUGCUCACUGUGACUGUUCCUAAAGAGGAAGUGAAGAAGCCUGAUGUUAAGGCUAUUGAGAUCUCCGGUUAA